AUGGAAAAUAUUAAAAUUAAAUAUGAUAUAAUAGAUUUAGUUUGUGACGAAAAAGAAUUAUUUUCAAAUAUAUAUUCAUGCCCAGUAUGUUAUGAGCCAUUAUUCAAGAAACAAAUUUAUCAAUGUAGUGAAGGACAUUGGGCAUGUAGAGAAUGUUUUCAAAAGAUUAUAAACUCAAAUAAUAGUCACUGUAUGAGUUGUAGAAAGAAGAUUGGGUCUUUUAAUGAACUAUCAAGAAACAGAGGUUUAGAGUUAAUGAUUCAAAGUAAGAAAAUCCAUUGUCCAUAUUCAUUUUCAAAUAUAUGGUGUAAUCCAGAUGAAGCUGAUUUUGAGAAGCAAAAUAAUGUAGAGUUGUUUUUUGACUUGGAUAAUGGGUGUAAAGAAACAUUUAAAGUGGAGCAACUAAAUAAUCACCUAGAAAAAUGUAAUUACAGGUUCGUCGAGUGCAGCAAUUUCGGAUGUGAUGAAAUAGUGAGACUCAAUAAGAUAGAAAAGCAUCAAGAGAUCUGCAAAUUUGCAAGAAUAACAUGUAGAGAUUGCGAAACCAAAAUCAAGAGAAUAGAGGAAACUGAUCACACAGAGGUAUGCCCAUCGGUUUUAAUAGUUUGUGUGCAGUGUAACCAGAGUGUAAAAAGGUGCUAUUUAAAAGACCACAUUGAAAACACAUGUGAGCAGGGCAUCAUUAAAUGCAAAUAUGGUGAUUGCCAAUCUGUUUACAAAAGAAAUCAACUAUCAAAUCAUUUAAAGCAAGUCGACCAUUCAGAAUCAAUGAAGAGAAUAAUAGAUCUACAAGAAGAAGAAAUUGAACAAUAUAAAGAACAACUAAAAGAAUCAAAUGAAAGAUGCCUUGAUCUAAUUAAAAAUUUUAAAGUAAUUGAUAGAAUUUUUACAAACUAUGAAGAAUCUUACCGAAAUAAAUGGGAAAUAUCAGAUUUCAAACAAAAGAUUAGAAAUUUUGGUGUAUUUGAUUCAAUUUUAUCUUUAAGUUUCAAAAUAGGUUUUCACAAAUUCUAUCUUGGCAUAUCACUAACAGGAAAAGAUGGUUUCAACAAUAAAGAUACUGACCACUUUACGCUUUACCUCUACAACAAAAACAAUAUACCAACCAAGGUUAGAUGCGAAUUCGAAGUUAUAAAUCAUAUCGAUAAAUUAAAAAACAAAAAGAUUGAGUUUUCAGGUGUAUUUGAAAAAACUUAUGAAGAACAAGACAAUUAUAUAGAAUAUGUAGUUUCAAAGUUAUCUGAUCUUUCAAGAAGAAAUGGCUUUUUAUCCAAUGAUAGCUUUGAAACAUUAUCAAUUAAUUUUAGUAUCACUGUCAACAAAAACAAUACCAUUUUUCCGCUUAAAAAUUAA